AUGGCCACAGCAGCCCUCCUGAACUCGGCACCAGCUCGGCUCAGCUCCCCUCGGGGCACAGCAGCCCCUUCCUCCUGGGCAAACGCCGGCAGCAUGCACGUCACCAGGCCAAAAUCUGCCAAGGGCCGCAGGAGGCCGAGCUUCAGCUGCUCCCAGAGCCUGCGGGCCUGUCCUUGCCAAGUGCCACCGUCCUCACCAGCAGCGGCUCGCCAGGGCUUGGCAAACAGCCGCAGAGUCUUGGCCACAAACCCGGCGUGCCGGGCCGGCCGGCUGUCUCCUGGGGAGGUGCCAGCACUCCUGCAGCAAGUGCCUCUGAGGAGCUGCUCUUCCCUCAACAGGUACAGGGUGCUCCCCUCCAUCGGCUGGAGAGGGGCCGUGGACCUGCUGGCCGAGCAAACCGACCGGCUGAGCGUGGGAGAGGGGCAGGAGGGCACUCCCCGAACCAGAGCUGCUGCUGGAGAGCAGGGGCCUGCCGGUGCCCUGUCAGAAAGGGCUGGUCCUGAUGUGCAGUGUCCUCCUGAGAAGCCAGGAAGGAAAACGAGGCAGGAGAGCCCUCCAAGGCUGACUCUAGGUGUGGAAGAGUCGCCUGAAGAAGAGUCAGAGCUGCUGCUCGCAGUUCGAUCUCCCUCUGGCCAGAGAUUCCAGCACUGUUUCAAGCCCACUGACAGUCUCCGAACCGUCCUGGCCGUGGCUGAGCAGAAGACAUCAUCCAGAUACAAACACUGCAUCCUCGAAACGAUGGAGGUGCCCCGGAGGAGCUUCUCUGACCUGACCAGGUCCCUCCAGGAGUGUGGGAUCCUCCACAAGUCUGUGCUCUGCAUCCGACUCAAGGGGCAGCGCGACCCAGACCUGUAG